CAUCAUCAAAAAGGGUUGUUAUCAUUGAAAGCGGGGGAAGCGGGGGGUUGUUCUGUCGGUUUUUUCUUUCCUUUCCUUUUGAAUCUUUUCCAUUAUUGCACCGCUUUUCUCUGCCAUAUAUCUCCCCACUCUUCUUUUAUAAUAAAUCGAAUAAAUGUAUUUAACACUCAAAUCAGUCGUUCAAAGCUCUAGUCUACUCAAGAAAAUUUUAACCCCUGUCGCCAAUGCUUAUGCUGGUGCAGCUUCCUAUAGAAAGAUUGGUCUUAGAUAUGACGAUCUAAUCUCUGAAGAAAGUGAAAUCGUACAAGAAGCACUUCGUCGUCUUGAGAUUGCCGAACCUCGUGCAGCCUACGAUCGUGCUUAUCGUAUUCGUGUUGCUCAACAAUGCUCUAUGACGCAUCAACUUUUACCAAAGAACCAAUGGGUGAAAGAAACAGAGGAUACUAGAUAUCUUCAACCCUACAUUGACGAAGUUGCAGCCGAGCGUGUCGAACGUGAAGCCUUUGAUAACAUCAAGAUGCCCGCUAGACAUUAGAGAAGGAAGAGACGAUAACAAAAGAAAAUUAACCAAUAGCUAAUCCCAUUUGUUCACUUAUGCUGCCCAGCCUAUUAUUUAUACACACUACUGACGAUUAAAGAGAAAGCACAAAAAAAAAACAUAUAAAAAAAAAAAGAAAGGAUUCAAUGUCGAACCCAUUUUUUUUAUUCUUUUUUUUUUCCAAGAUGCACUUGUCAAGUA